AUGACGCCCUCACGCGCCGACCUGACCAACCUGGUCAACGAGAGAAACGAACCACCUAUUGUGUCGAGAUCGACGCAUAAUGACGAGGAAGAGGAGGAAGCCGACGUCACCAUGGCCGAAGGGGCGAUCGGCGUCGACCCAGACGAGGCCAUGGAGGAAGAUCUUGUUGUUGGAGAAGGUGACGGCGCCGACGGCGACGAUUUGGACGGCAGCGACGACGACGAGGAAGACGACGAGGACGAGGACGACAGCAGUGGGGACGAGAGCGACGAUAGCGACAGCUCGGACAUCAUUGCCAUCGAUGGUCCCGAUGGUGUGGCAUCAGGCUCCGCGGCUGCGCCAAACGUCAAGACCGAGCCGGGUGCCGACGAAUCGACAGAGCCAAAGAAGGAUGCCGAGGGUGCAGGCGAGACCGUCAACGAGUUGAAGCCCAAGAAGAAGAAGCGCGCCCGACCCCGCUCUCCAUCAGAGGAUGAGGACCUUCCUCCUCCGCCACCAAUGCCGACCAUUCGUCUUGAGAUUGCCCUGCCAGCGGACGACGAGACGCUCGACUGGAAUUUCAUCGAGACUGCGGCCAGCGCUGGAUUCGAGGGCGUCUUCAAUGCAUGGGGAGAGGACCCUCUGGCCGGCGAAGUCACCCCACUCAACCCAGUCGACCUCAACGGCGCAGCCGGUGAGGGAGAGGCGAGCACCCCAGCCGCAGCCACGGCCGCAGCCCCAGCCGAGCCUCGCCCACCCGGAUUCUCUGAUGAGGAGUGGCGUGAGAUGCAAGAGGAGGCCAAGAGGCUGGAAGCCAAGUACGAGGAGCCAAAGAAGAAGAGGGUUAUGACCAAGAAGCGCAAAAUCGAAUAUGAUCUGUCAGACCCAUUCAUCGACGACUCGGACCUCGGCAUUGACGCCCCGACCCAUGUCGCGCGGCCCAAGAAGGAGGGCUUCUUCGUCCACCAAGGAGCGCUAGAGCUUAUGGAAGGAUCUCCGAUGAAGAAGGCCAAGGCCAAAACGUCGCGUGCCACUGGUCGGGCUCCCAAGGAGCAGCGCAAGAGUUUGUCAGAGGUCCUGCGCGAGCGUCACGGCCCCGACGGCAGCCGCGCCUCGCCAAUUCUCAUUGGCAGUGAUGACGAGGCUGGUCCUUCGUACAUCCCCGACCGCCGCUCGCCUUCUCCCGUGGACGCCCCAGAAGACCGCUACCCUGUCGACAGAACACUCUACAAGGCCGCUUCGAGAGAGGAGAAGUACUUGCCCCCCUUCGACGAGUUCCCCGACGAGGUGGCACACCGUCUCCGCAGUCUUCGUCGCGAGAGCAGCAAGCAUGUGUGGGACCUCCUGAACAAGGGCAAGUUCCCAGAACACCUCAAGGGCCCCCUUCAGCGUGCUGGUGUGGCGGCAUUCCAUCACGACUUGCUGUGCAUUCCCGACAAGGAGACAACAGACAGCGGCUACGAGCGGUUCUCAGAAAAGGCGUUUGUCACGGCGUUGUGCAGUGUCCUGCCGUACAACAGGCUGACUCUGGGAAAACUCGUUCUCAAGCUCUGUUACACCCAAUACUGGCGGUGGAUGCAGAUGUGCGAGACAGAAGGCCUGCGCCAGUGGAAGGAGCUUCUCGACCCCGAGAUUCCUAUCAUGAUCCAGCAGUACGAGCAGGCAGUGGCCGAGCACGCCUCGAGGCAGGAAGAGCCAGAGCUCGCUGAGCUCAUGGAUGACGACCAGAACAAGGCCAAGUCGACCGACCCCAAGCGACUCCCCACCAUUACCCAGGAGAUGAAGGACAUCUUCAGACAGCUUGUGGAGAACACUCAGGAGAUGGUCGACAUCAACAAGAAGAUGGAGGACUGGGGCCAGAAGUUUGAGGGCCAGUCGAGUGAACUGAACAUGCGCAAGCUCCUGUACAACAAGAUUGCCAAGCUCUACCCCGAGGGGUGGAUGACAUCGUUGACUCUUUCCCGUCAAUACACAAACUACAAGCGACUCGGCCAGGGAUCCAAGAACUCUGGUGCUGGCGGCGACGCCCAACAGCAGCAGCAGCAGGCCGCACAGUAG